UGUCAUUUUUCGGAUAGUACGGAGGUAUUGCACCUCCAUAAAAAUAUAAAGUUGUAUAUUGUGUUUGCAAUUCAUAAACGUCAAGAAUUUUAGUUAAGUUUAUUUGAAAUGUCACUAAAUACAACUUCUUCAACUGAAUUCACUUUCGGAAUCGAGGACUACACGAUUUUAAUUUUGAUGUUGGCCUUAUCGACGGGAAUUGGCAUUUAUUUUGCAUUCUUUUCAGUGAAGAAUAAUACCGUUAAUGAAUAUCUGUUGGGUGGGAAACGAAUGACAACAUGGCCAAUAGCUAUAUCGUUGAUUGCAAGUCAACUCUCUGGAAUAUCAGUGAUAGCAAUACCAGCUGAAAUGUAUAGUUUUGGAUUUACAUAUGUAUUUAUUGUUUCAUCGAUGAUUGUAAUUGUGCCAAUAUUGUGCUACGUUAUAGUUCCAGUAUUUUUUAACAACAAUAUUUCAAAUUGUUAUGAUUACCUACAGUUGAGAUUCAACAAGAAAACACGACAAAUUGUCACUUUUGCCUAUAUGCUGACAGUUUUUCUAUAUCUACCAGUUUAUAUUUUUAUACCGUCACUAGCCUUUUCACAAGUGACUGGCAACAAUGUCCAUAUUGUCAAUGGAAUAGUGUGUUUUGUUUGCGUAUUUUACACCAUGUUGGGUGGAAUCAAAGCAGUCGUUUGGACCGAUGUAAUACAAGGUGUUAUUAUGGUUAGCUCUAUUGUUCUCCUCGGGGUGAUUGGAAUAUCGAAGGUAGGAGGUGUUGGUAAAGUCAUUGACAAUGCAGUUGAAGGGGGACGUCUUCAUAUCAAUUUAGAUAUUGAUCCACGAGUUCGAGCCACGGUUUGGAAUUGCUUUUUUGGGGGAUUCUGCCUUUGGAUUGGAAAUAUUGGACUCAAUCAAACUUGUGUUCAAAGAAUUGUCGCUUUGCCGUCGGUUGGCUUAGCUAGAAAAUCGUUGGUUAUAUCUGGAAUUGGAUUUUUCUUUAUCAUGUUAUUCAACUGUCUUACUGGUAUUAUAAUGUACUCACUGUAUCACAAUUGUGAUCCAAUUUCGUUAAAGAUUGUUGAAAAGUCGGACAAAAUGAUGCCAUUCUUCGUUCAAGAUGUCGCUGGACAUUUAAAGGGAAUGCCUGGGGUUUUUAUAUCAUGCGUUUUUAGUGCUGCUUUAAGUACAAUUUCAGCUAACUUAAAUUCUCUUUCCGGAGUUUUCUAUUUUGAUUGCGUGAAGCCAUUUAUAAAACACACCGAACAAAAAGCUAAUUUUAUAAUGAAAGCCUUUGUGUUCAUAUGUGGACUCUAUUGCAUAUGUGGAGGCUUUAUUGUAGAAAAAUCAAACUCUAUUCUUCAAACCGUUUUGACAAUCGGGGGAAUGACUCAAGGAAGUAUAGUUGGAGUAUUUUUCCUCGGAUUAUUGGUACCAAAAGCUCAUGGAAAGGCGGCAUUGAUAGGACUUAUAUCAAGUAUGAUGGCUGUUCUAUGUUUAAUUAUUGGGGCUCAAAAAAGGAUCAAAGCGGCAGAGCUUUCAUACACUCCUUUGCCAACUAGAAUCGAUAACUGCAAUCAUUUCAACUACAGGGAUUUAAACAUUUCAAUAUUUAAAGACAACAAUAGGGAAUUUACAUCCAUUCACAAGAAUAUUGAAUUUUCCAUUUUUGACAUAUCAUUUCAUUGGUAUAAAUUUACUGGGGCAGUAUUAGUUUGGAUCAUUGCUAUUCCAUUAAGUUAUUUGAUACCCGAAAAAAAUGUGCCCAAUUUGAAUUUAUUGUCACCUUUUAUAAAAAAUUAUAUGGAACGUAAAUCAAAGACAUUAGAAGAUCAUGAACUAAGGGAAUAAAACUAUAUAUUUUAAAGAACAAAUUAAAUAAUAUUUAAAC